UAUAAAAAUAAGUGAAAAAUGGAUCAUUGAAUAAAUAAUGAAUAGUGUUGCUACUUGAUACACUUUAGGUGUAAGGUGUAACAAGUAAGUAAAAAAAAUUGCUGUUGUUUGCAAAUUACGAGUGACUUCUCAAAAAAAAUCCAUGAUCCUCUAAAAAUAUUUUCUUAAAAUACAGUAUAGUUUAGUUUAUAAUACUCAACAUACAAAAUGGGUUUUUAAACGAGGAAAUCAAAUUUCAAAUAAAAGUGUCAUUUAAUUAUUCCAGUUGAAUCACAACAAAAAACUGCACCAACUUUAGAGUACAAAGAAAAUUUAGCCAUAGAAUUAAAAUCACAACCUGUUAUAUUAAGUAUCUUAAAAUUGAGAGAUUCUCAAUUUUAAAUUUGGCAAAAUAUAGAGUAUUAUAAUAAGAGACAUGGCAAACACAUCAAGUUUAAGUAAUCAUGCAGUUGUAGUAUGGGAAUAUGAGACUCGUGGGGGAAAAUGGUUACCGUAUUCUCCUGCUGUCAGUCAACAUUUGGAAAGGGCUCAUGCAAAAAAAUUAACGCGAGUGUUGUUAAGCGAUGCUGAUCCUGAUUUUGAGCAAAUUUAUGUCAAUGUACGGACAAUGACUCAAAGUACCGAGGAUACUGAUCUCUCAACUUUAAAUGUGAAUCGUGUUUUAUAUAAACCCAGCUCACCAGCCGGAAAAGGUACAAAGUGGGAAUGGUGUGGCACAAGCGGAACAGAUUGGUAUCCAUAUAACAUGAAUGUUCAAAUCAUUAUAGAAGAGGCAUGGGCUAAAGGGGAACAGACAUUCGACUUAUCUACUACAAAUAUAGGUAUGCCGUAUGUAAUGAACUUUUGCAAUAUGACUCAAGUAAGGAAACCUAAUGGACCAGCUAGAUGUAUUAGGAGAAUAUUGCAGGCCCCUUAUCCGUUAGUUAAAAUAACACCAGCACAAGCUAUUCAAUUAAACACAUUUGCAGAAUGUAAGCAAUUACAAUCUACUCCAAGAAUACCACCAAAACCUCUUCCAAAACCAAAACAUCUUCAAUCAACACCCUUGCCGUUACCACCAACUGCAAAUUUAUCAAAUUUACAUAUAAGCAAUCAUCCUCAAACUUCAGGUGUUAGUAAAAAUCGGCCAAUUAAAGCGACAAAAAAACAUGGCGAAUUUUCUACUUCAACGACAACCAAUUUAGCCAGACAAAUCCUAAAUAAUCUUAAUAUAUUUGGGCAUAAGCAUGCGCCGUCAACGGCUUCAGCAAAUUCUCAUCACAAUCAUCAAAGCGGUACCACACCUAUUCAUCAACUAAGUAAUUCUCUGAAUUCGGGGAGCAUUGUGAAUAGUAAAUCAAGAACUCCACCACCUGUACCACCACACUCCUUUAACAGCUUUUCACAUUCAAAUAUUUUUACAGCGUCAAUGAAUAGCCAUUAUAGCCGAAGUUCAGAUGGAUCACAUCGUAGUCGUCUUUCUUCUCAUCGAUCGCGCUCUAGAACACGUGCUUCAGAUACCGAUUCAAAUAGUUUAAAGUCACAUCGCCGACCCAGCGUUGAUACAGUUUCAACAUAUCUAAGUCACGGGAGUCAUGAAAGUAAAGACAGCCUACGAAGUAGAAAUUUUGCAGUAUCUGUUAAUGAUUUAUUAGAUGUUUCGAUUGGUUCAGAUGAGGUAUUUAGUAGCCAGCAAUCGAUUGGGAUACCAAUAAAUGGUAGUAUGCAUCAUAGUAUUAAUCGUGGUAGGAGAACUUCUUCGCAUGGUCACCAUUCUGCUCUAAAUGUUAACGGAAAUGCUGGCAGUAGUGGUAUAUCGUCAUUACCCCCAACGCCACCACCCUUGCCACAACAACAAAUCGCUGGUUCGAUCGUUGGUGUGGAUCCAGCUAGUGAUAUGAUAAGUAGAUUCGUAAAAGUUGUUGAUCCACCUAAAUGGCCGAAUGCACAACCAUGUCCAAUGUGUAUGGAGGAAUUAGUUCAUCAAUCACAGAACCCAACAAUUUCAUUAAGUCGAUGUCAGCAUUUAAUGCAUUUGCAGUGUUUGAAUGAAAUGAUUAUAAAUCAACAAAAAGAAAUUAAUAAGAACCUUUACAUUGAAUGUCCAGUAUGUGGCAUUGUUUACGGGGAAAAAAUUGGCAAUCAACCUCCUGGAACAAUGUCAUGGGUAAUCAUACCAAAAAGUUUACCAGGACAUGAAGGUCAAAACACUAUACAAAUUGUUUAUAAUAUUGCAUCUGGAGUACAAACAGAAGAACAUCCACAUCCAGGUCGUGCAUUUUUUGCUGUUGGAUUUCCAAGAAUUUGUUACUUACCUGAUUGCCCAUUGGGAAGAAAAGUUUUGCGUUUUUUAAAAAUUGCAUUUGAUCGUCGAUUAUUAUUUUCUAUUGGACGUUCAGCUACAACUGGUCGAGAAGAUGUUGUUAUAUGGAAUAGUGUAGAUCAUAAAACUCAAUUUAACAUGUUUCCAGAUCCCACAUAUUUACAACGAUGUAUGCAGCAACUUGUUCAUUUAGGCGUAGUUGAUUAAAAUUAGAAAAUCUGUAUACACAAUUUAAACAUCAAACACUUUCAUUAGUUGUAUAUCAAAAAAAUAUAUUUUCUAUUAAAAUCGAAAAAAUAAUCAAAUGUUGAGAAAUGAUCAUUUCAAAUCAAUGAUCAUGAUAUAUGAACCUUUUUUUAUAAACAAAUUAGAAUAAUAAAGUUUAUUUAUUGCUAAUGCCACCAUUAACGGGUGGCUAUUCUGUUACAACUUAAAUUAAAACAUUAAAUUUUAUUUAGCUCUUCUGGAAAACUUUAAAAUUUUAUGAAUUUGACAAAAAUUUUUGUAUCUGGAAUUUUAAAUUAUCUAGAAAAUUAGAAACAUUUGUG